AUGCCUUGGAAUAAUAUACCCGAUGUGGAGAAAUGUUGCGGCUGCAUUGCUGACCUGAAGACCGCUGUUAUCAUUAUUGCUGUAUUAGGAAUUGUCACCAGCCCCACAGUGUCCUGGGCAAUCAUCAGACACUCGUACAUGGUUCGCGUGUCGUGUAUAAUCAGCACGAGUGCUACGCGCCCAGAUGUCGUCGACGUCAAUCUUAAUAAUAUCCUCAGCUUUGGUUUCGGCGCAAACACCGGCCUUGGCCCGUCCUGUUUAAGUCCUGAGAGCGCAAAUUCCACAGUUCCUCUGGUGAUGGCUGUGAAAUAUCUCGGAUGGGUGGCUUUGUUAUUCGAUUUAAUUUUCUUGAUGAGCAGCAUCUACUUACUGAUACGGAUGUCCAUGGGAAAUGAGGGAAAAGCUGUAUUAAAAUUUAUGGUAGCAGUGUCAUUAUCAAUUUUGGUGUCUUUUAUUUACGCCAUGCUGUAUGUGUCAGCAUGUCUGCAGAUUGGAGGCUCAUUCCCAGUGUUUGAAUUCAUUUUCGCAUUUGUUGAUGUUGGCAUAUGGAUCUACUUUUUAAUAGUAGUUCGUUCCUACAGACGUGAAGGUGGAUCAAGACCAGCUCCUGGUAGUCGUGGAAUGGAUGCAAUUGGUAUGAACUUCCAGAAAAGUAUCAAUAAUUAG